AUGUAUAAACAAAAGAAAAACAAAAUUAUCUAACCAUAUUAUUAAAAACCCAUAUAAUAGGCUGAAUUCCUUUUUGAAUAAUUGAAAAUGUAAGGAUGUAAUGAAACUGUUUAUUUCAGGAGUUCUUAAGGUAUAAGAUAUUAAUUGAACCUUCAAUAAUAUCAAUGGAGAAUUAUUGAAAUUCCUAAUCAAUAAUAUUUUUAUUAAAUAUAGUAAUAUUAACCUUUAGGAAAUUCAAAGGAAUAAAACAACAUAAAUUAUGAUGAAUAAAGAGAAUAAGAAUAAAAAUAAAGAGAAUAAUACUAAAGAGAAUAAGAAUAAAAAUAAAAAGAAUAAUACUAAAGAGAAUAAGAAUAAAAAUAAAAAGAAUAAUAAUAAAGAGAAUAAGAAUAAAAAUAAAAAGAAUAAUAAUAAAGAGAAUAAGAAUAAAAAUAAAAAGAAUAAUAAUAAAGAGAAUAAGAAUAAAAAUAAAAAGAAUAAUAAUAAAGAGAAUAAGAAUAAAAAUAAAAAGAAUAAUAAUAAAGAGAAUAAGAAUAAAAAUAAAAAGAAUAAUAAUAAAGAGAAUAAGAAUAAAAAUAAAAAGAAUAAUAAUAAAGAGAAUAAGAAUAAAAAUAAAAAGAAUAAUAAUAAAGAGAAUAAGAAUAAAAAUAAAAAGAAUAAUAAUAAAGAGAAUAAGAAUAAAAAUAAAAAGAAUAAUAAUAAAGAGAAUAAGAAUAAAAAUAAAAAGAAUAAUAAUAAAGAGAAUAAGAAUAAAAAUAAAAAGAAUAAUAAUAAAGAGAAUAAGAAUAAAAAUAAAAAGAAUAAUAAUAAAGAGAAUAAGAAUAAAAAUAAAAAGAAUAAUAAUAAAGAGAAUAAGAAUAAAAAUAAAAAGAAUAAUAAUAAAGAGAAUAAGAAUAAAAAUAAAAAGAAUAAUAAUAAAGAGAAUAAGAAUAAAAAUAAAAAGAAUAAUAAUAAAGAGAAUAAGAAUAAAAAUAAAAAGAAUAAUAAUAAAGAGAAUAAGAAUAAAAAUAAAAAGAAUAAUAAUAAAGAGAAUAAGAAUAAAAAUAAAAAGAAUAAUAAUAAAGAGAAUAAGAAUAAAAAUAAAAAGAAUAAUAAUAAAGAGAAUAAGAAUAAAAAUAAAAAGAAUAAUAAUAAAGAGAAUAAGAAUAAAAAUAAAAAGAAUAAUAAUAAAGAGAAUAAGAAUAAAAAUAAAAAGAAUAAUAAUAAAGAGAAUAAGAAUAAAAAUAAAAAGAAUAAUAAUAAAGAGAAUAAGAAUAAAAAUAAAAAGAAUAAUAAUAAAGAGAAUAAGAAUAAAAAUAAAAAGAAUAAUAAUAAAGAGAAUAAGAAUAAAAAUAAAAAGAAUAAUAAUAAAGAGAAUAAGAAUAAAAAUAAAAAGAAUAAUAAUAAAGAGAAUAAGAAUAAAAAUAAAAAGAAUAAUAAUAAAGAGAAUAAGAAUAAAAAUAAAAAGAAUAAUAAUAAAGAGAAUAAGAAUAAAAAUAAAAAGAAUAAUAAUAAAGAGAAUAAGAAUAAAAAUAAAAAGAAUAAUAAUAAAGAGAAUAAGAAUAAAAAUAAAAAGAAUAAUAAUAAAGAGAAUAAGAAUAAAAAUAAAAAGAAUAAUAAUAAAGAGAAUAAGAAUAAAAAUAAAAAGAAUAAUAAUAAAGAGAAUAAGAAUAAAAAUAAAAAGAAUAAUAAUAAAGAGAAUAAGAAUAAAAAUAAAAAGAAUAAUAAUAAAGAGAAUAAGAAUAAAAAUAAAAAGAAUAAUAAUAAAGAGAAUAAGAAUAAAAAUAAAAAGAAUAAUAAUAAAGAGAAUAAGAAUAAAAAUAAAAAGAAUAAUAAUAAAGAGAAUAAGAAUAAAAAUAAAAAGAAUAAUAAUAAAGAGAAUAAGAAUAAAAAUAAAAAGAAUAAUAAUAAAGAGAAUAAGAAUAAAAAUAAAAAGAAUAAUAAUAAAGAGAAUAAGAAUAAAAAUAAAAAGAAUAAUAAUAAAGAGAAUAAGAAUAAAAAUAAAAAGAAUAAUAAUAAAGAGAAUUAUAAGAAUAAAAAUUAAAAGAAUAAUAAUAAAGAGAAUUAUAAGAAUAAAAAUAAAGAGAAUAAUAAUAAAAAGAAUAACAAGAAGAAGAAUAAAGUGAAUAAUAAAAAUAAAGAGAAUUAUAAUAAUACAAAGAUUAAUAAAAUAAUUAUUAUUAAAAAAAUCUUAAACAAUAAAAAAAUUCUAAUUUAAAUACAAUUCCUUAGUAAUCACAAUAGACUUAACAAUAACCAUAAUCAAAAUAACAUGAUGAAUAAAAACCAGAGAAUAUAAUUUUUUCAAAUUAAAACUCAGAAAAUUAUGAAAAUCAAAUUAAUGAUUAAGAUUAAAUUGAUAAAAAUCAAAGGCAAAAAUAAAUCUAUGAUUAAAUAAAAGAAUUAAAUAAAAACUCUUCAGAUUUAAGGUAAGUUUAAGAAUUUUAUAAAAAAUAUAUAUAAGGUCUAAAUGAUAGAUAAGAAUUAACAAAAUAAUAUAACAUAAAGAAAUUAGCAAGAAAAUAGGAAUUAUAUAAAAUUUGCAACGGUUUUCUUCAAGUUAGAGGAGAUGGUAACUGUUUUUAUACUGCUUUUGGAUAUUAAUUUAUAAGACAUCUACUAAUUACAUAUAAUGAUAAUGAAUUCAAUUAAUUUAUUAAUAAAAUAUAAACGAUUAAAUUAAGAUUUAGAAUUUAAGUUCCUGGUUUUUAAAUAGAUGAUUUAGAAUUAGAAAAAUAAAUUUUAAUUGAAUUCAUUUAUUAAUUACAAUAAUUGAGAAUGAUUGAAGAUGUUUAAGAAAGAUAACAAUAAUUAUUAAUUUAAUUUUCUGAAUAUUAAGUUGGAUAAGAUGGAACUGGUUUUUUAUACACAUUAUCAACACUAUUCUUUAGAAAUUUAAGUGAUUAUUUGGUUGAAUAUGAUCAAGAAAUAAAAACCUUUAUUGGUGAUGAUUAAAAAAAUUUAUUGAUUUGGGAAACUGAGUGUAAUAGCAAUGAAAUUGUUAUUAAUCAAUUAGCAAUAUAUUUAUAAUUGUAUUAUUAUUUAUUUUAUUUUAGAAAUGUUAUACUAAUAUUUUUUGAUAAUGAAGACUUUAUUGUAAGAUAAUAUUAAUAAGAAAAUAAAAAUAAAAUAAUAUUACUCAUUAAACCUGGACACUAUAAUAUUGGUAUUGAAAAUGCUGCUUGA